AGCCCGACGUAGGUGGUAUAAUUGCAUCGUGCUGUGUGCAUCGUUCUCUCUAUUACGUCCACGGCGUGCACGCUGGUGGAGUAAAAGUUACAGCUCUAAUGGCAGCAGCCCGAGAGUCAAAUCUCCAGCUGGUUCACAGACACAUUCGAGCUUUUCCAGACUUUCCGAAGAAAGGCAUCCUGUUUCGGGAUAUCUGCCCCAUCCUGAAGGACCCAGCUGCUCUCACAGCAGUGAUCGACCUGUUUGAAGAACAUGUAAGGAAGAAUCACCAGCAUGUUGAACUGAUCGUAGGUUUAGAUGCUCGUGGUUUCCUGUUUGGUCCUCUGCUUGCUCAGCGACUGGGUGUUGGCUUUGUCCUGGUCAGAAAGAAAGGCAAACUGCCUGGGAGCACGGUGUCUGUGUCCUACGAUCUGGAGUAUGGCAAGGCAGAAGCAGAGAUCCAGGAGGAUGCAGUAGCUCCAGGACAGAAAGUUCUUCUCAUUGACGACCUCCUGGCUACUGGGGGGACGCUGUAUGCAGCCUGUGAGCUAAUGCAGAAGCAGCAGGCUGAGGUUCUGGGCUGCAUGGUGGUCAUCGAGCUCAAAGAGCUGAACGGCAUCGACAAACUGAAGUCCCACAAUGUGUUCUCGCUGGUUCAGUACUGAGGACCUUUCUAGCUGCCACACGGGAAACCAGUCAAACACUGGUUUUAAAACCAGCCAGCAGCUUCCCAAGUGUUACCAGCCCCAAACGAGCAACCUGUUCAGCUCAGGCACACAUUUCAAUCACUUUUAGUUUUGCAAUUUUAAUCAGUACUAAAAUUACAAGUGUGUUUGUCACUCGUUUAUAAAACUGUUAAGGCUCGGAAUCCUUACCUUCCAUUCUUUCAACUUAUCACAGGGUGACAGCUUGGUUUCCACAGAUCCUUAAGGAGUCUGAAUGUCUAGAAUGUUCUGUUCCUUUCACCUAAUGCAUGCUGGGAUCCAGCGGGGGAAAAAGUGUAGAGAUCUUUUACUUAAGUAAAAGUACUAAUACCACACUGUAAAAAUACAAGCCAAAAGGUUUUUGCAAUCAAGUGUUUAAUGGCCUAAUCAUUUAAGCUGGGCUGGUAGGUCUGUAUAUUGUUUGGUAGUCUAAUUUAUAAUAAAAUAUAUUUUAUACAUUAUUUUUGGUGCAAAAAUCUUAAUUUGUAAAGUAACUAGUAAGUAAAGCUGUCAGAUUAAUGUAUUGUAGUAAAAAGUACUUUCUAAAAUUUAGUGAAGUAGAAAGUGGCAUGAAACAAGACUCGGCUACCUUUUAAAUUUGUAUUUAAGUACAGUACUUGAGUAAAUGUACGUUCUUACAUUCCACUACUGCUGGGAUCAGUUGCUGCACCUGAACAGGAGGAAGCAGCUACAGAGAAUUGGAUAUAUUAAAGGCACAUUUUAUCUGUUGCAAACUGAAUAACAGUUUUUUUUGUAUAUCCUCCAAAAACAAGUUUCUCUUUCAGCUGUAUAUUAAAUAGCCUACAGUACAUG